AACGAGAACUCAGAAGUGAGCGCCCCACGUUGGUCCCAGGGCAAGAAGCAGGGAAAAGUCGGCCCUCCAGGCUGCCUGGUGACUGUCGCCCAGGGCUGGUGCCGGACUUCCCAGGCUCCGUUCCUGGAAGAGGGCACAGACCCCUCCGCGCACUUGCGGCAGGAAGCGGUUCCCGGGAGCACUUCUGGAAGCUCUGGCGGGGCGCGGGGCAAGCGGCUGGCCAGGGAUGAAGCCGGGUCCCGGGACGUGCAAGCGGCGGGCCCCUCUGAAGCGGUCCCGGAUCCUGCACAUGGCACUGAUGGGGGCUUCCGACCCCUCUGGAGAGGCAGAGGCCAGCAAGGAGAAGCCCUUCCUGCUCCGGGCUCUGCAGAUCACACUGGUGGUGUCACUCUACUGGGUCACCUCCAUCUCCAUGGUGUUCCUUAACAAGUACCUGCUGGACAGCCCCUCCCUACAGCUCGACACCCCCAUCUUCGUCACCUUCUACCAGUGCCUGGUGACCACGCUGUUGUGCAAGAGCCUCAGCACCCUGGCCGCCCUCUGCCCUGGCGCCAUGGACUUUCCCUCCCUGCGCCUGGACCUCCGGGUGGCCCGCAGCGUCCUGCCCUUGUCCGUGGUCUUCAUCGGCAUGAUCACCUUCAACAACCUCUGCCUGAAGUACGUCGGGGUGGCCUUCUACAACGUGGGCCGCUCCCUCACCACCGUCUUCAACGUGCUGCUCUCCUACUUGCUGCUCAAACAGACCACUUCCUUCUAUGCCUUGCUCACCUGCGGAGUCAUCAUCGGAGGCUUCUGGCUUGGUGUGGACCAGGAGGGGGCAGAGGGUACCCUGUCUUGGACGGGCACCCUCUUCGGCGUGCUCGCCAGCCUCUGUGUCUCGCUCAACGCCAUCUACACCAAGAAGGUGCUCCCGGCAGUGGACGGCAGCAUCUGGCGCCUGACCUUCUACAACAAUGUCAACGCCUGUGUCCUCUUCCUGCCCCUGCUCCUGCUGCUGGGGGAGCUGCAGGCCCUCCGUGACUUUGCCCAGCUGGGCAGCGCCCACUUCUGGGGUAUGAUGACACUGGGCGGCCUGUUUGGCUUCGCCAUCGGCUACGUGACAGGUCUCCAGAUCAAGUUCACCAGCCCCCUGACCCACAACGUGUCUGGCACAGCGAAAGCCUGUGCCCAGACGGUGCUGGCGGUGCUCUACUAUGAGGAGACCAAGAGCUUCCUCUGGUGGACAAGCAACAUGAUGGUGCUGGGGGGCUCCUCGGCCUACACCUGGGUCCGGGGCUGGGAGAUGAAGAAGAUUCAGGAGGAGCCCAGCCCCAAAGAGGAGGAGAAGAGCAACAUGAGCGUGUGAGCUCCUCCAGGGACCCGGGGAUGGCCCGGUCAGGGAGAAGGCCUGGGGUAGGGCCGGAAUAGCCAUGAAGACAUCUCUCUGGACCCUGAGAAGGUGAUCUGGAGGGGGUAUUGUUUACAAACCUGAUCACAGUCUGGUGGUUGAAAUGGAACCGGUAUUGUCCAGUGAUGUUAGAAAGUUGCCAAACCUAUCUCAACCCCCUGUCCUGUUUCUGGGUUUUGUGCUCCCCUAGGGAGGAGGGACCCCACGGAAACAGCCAGUUAGGUUCUCUGGAAGAGCACUCGCUUUCAGGGAGGCAGCACCCCUUCCUGUCCCCCUUCCAGGGCCUUCUACCUCCACAUGACCUUUGGAGUUGGGGACAGGCCACGACCUUUAAGGGACAGCAGUAAGUCUUCACUCAUACUCAGGGGAGUUGGGGGUGUGACCCCACCAGAGGCCAACUGAAGGGAUUUGGGAAACCUCACAUCUCUGGGUCCCAGGACAGGCAGCGAAGCUUGGACCCCACAAAUCAGCCUUCUUCUAGAGGAAAGUGUGGGUGGGGCUGAGGGAGAAAACAGACAAGUGUUCCCUCUUCUCUGCAUCCAGCCCAGCAGGCCCCAUGGAAGGGCACAGAGGAUCAUUUGUCCCCGACCCUGGCCCUGGCCCCACCAGGGACUGCUGGGAAUUGGCCUGGGAAUGGGGUACCUCAUGGGAAAGUGCCCUUUUCCCACCAUCUGCACCUUAUGUUCCCAGCUUUCGAACACAGGGGAGCCACACAGGAUCAUUAACACCCACCCCAAUCCCUGACACUAAGAAGUGUCAUUCGUCCCUCCUGAGGAGCACCUGGCCCAGGUAAGACCUGGAGGUGGAGCCAGGUAGCCCUCCCAACUCUGCCUUCUCAGAGCUGCAUCCCCAAGGGGGCUGAUGGAGCACGGGUCCUGGCUCUGAGCCUACCACCUCGCGGUGCUGCGCCAUCCCCAGAUCCUGCUGCCUGCGCAGGUGUCCAGACCUGGCUUUGACGAAGGUGAUACACGAACACUUGUGUUUCUUCCCUGAGGUUAGGGCUGAAAGAAUCUUCUCCUCCUCCCACCCCUGCCCCGGGGCCUCAGGACGGCCUUCACAACUCUGUUGCACGUUCUGUUCCAUCUCCUUGGGGUAAUUCCCUAAUGUUUUUAGGCCCCACAGGGAAAGGUUGGGGAGGGUGGUCUUCUAAUUCACGGUGGUUUCUAAGCAAGUGAGUAGGACCUCAUGCCCUGAAUGGAGUGUGGAUUUCAUUAAAAGUGGGAGUAAGACACUGUCAGGUAAACCCUGACAGUUGGGGUUCUUUUCUUUUCUGCAAAGCAAGUGCCUGACUUAGCUCCGAUGGCUGAAGCAUCCACGUCAGAGAUUAUCAAAGAUUGCCAGCCACAGGACAGGACAAAGAGCCAGGCUGCCUCCCCCAUCAGAGGCCCCUUUGUUUUCAAGAUCUUGGUUGAUUUCAGUAACUGAUCAUUUGGGCCACUUGUUUGGUUGGCUUUUUCUCUUCCUACACUUUAAAUUUCCACUCUUAUAUUUUGAAUUCACCAAUAAAGAGUAAGCCCACAAAACCCUCGACCCCAAUAAAUGUAGAACGGCCUGUUUGUGUUCUCUCAUACUCUCUCCGUCUCCCCCCCACACAUGCCCCCCACAUCACUGUGUGGCCCCAGGCGUGCUGUGUAGUUUCCAGAUCCUGUGAGUAAUAAACCUUUAUUUUUUCAAA